AUGAAGUCCCAGGAAGCACCAAGCAAAGGGCAGUUCCAAUCCCCGCCAGCAAAGGCAGAGCAAAAGCGGAACCGAAUGCGAACCCAGCAGCAGCAUCCCAAAAAGAAACAGCCAAAACAGAGCCAAAAGCUCCAGACACUUCCCACAAAAAGGAAACAGACACAUGUCCUCGCUGCUGAGCAACCGGAUUCCUUGGCGCAUGCAACACCUGUUGUUUCGGCAUGGGGAUUGGAUUGUAGAAGAGCUAGUUUGGGUGGAUGCAACGCCUGUUGUUUCGACAUUUUGGAAUGGGGAUUGGCUUGUGAAAGUGCUAGUUCGGAAUAA